UCGGGAGGUACGGGCACUGCCAAAUUGCGUGCUCGAAAACAAAGAAAGCAGCAGAAGCAGCGGAUCAGUUGUACCGGUAGAAAAGCGAGGCUGGUGAUGAGGACGGGAGGGGAGGAACGAUGAUUUCUCGUGGCCUGAACGCGAGCGGGCUGCUCAUGCCCGAGGGAAUUCCGACCGGCGUCGGAAGCCUGUGACGGUGCGGUGCCUUGCGGUGCUCGGUUUGGGUGUUACGAUCCACCCGUCACCGGAAGGUCGUCAUGGCUUCAGCUGUCGAGGAUUUUCUCAGACCUAUGCCGGAGGAAUUGCUGAUCUACGUAUUCAGUCGAUUAGAUUCCCGACUUUUAGCCGUUGUGGCAUGUGUCUGCAAGGGGUGGCGAUCCGCGGCAUGUGCAUUAAACUGUUCUGCCCAUUGGUACCGGUCUGCGAUGUCACAAAAUCUGCAAUUAGAGGAUGCGAUGGAUGAGCUUCUCGGGGAUGUUUUAGCUGCUCCAUUCUGGCCCGACUUUGCCAUUGUGUUCGCGGGUGAGGAGGUGGAUCUCAAUCAAGUAUCGGAAGUGGUGAAGAGGAGGCUUCCGAAAGGCUUACCUUUAGUAGCGUGCAACACAACAGGGAUGAUGGGAAGGGAUAUUGACACAGGCUUGUCUGUAGAGAACGCACAUACCAAUCAUGAUGGUGAAGGCAAUUGGAAUUCGCACGCUGUUUCUUUGUCAGUUGGACGCUUUCCAGGAGUGAAUGUGAAAGCUCUGAAACUGCGAAAUUCGUUAUCAGAUUCAGAAGUGAGGAACUUUGUUGCCACAGCUAGUACAUUGUCAAGCCGAGGCCGCCCUGGGCAUCAUCCUCUAGCUAUUUUGCUUUUCGCUGAUACUUCAGCUGAAUUUACACAGACUCUCAAAGAAUUAGACAAAGCUUACGGAGGAAAGUCGGCUAUAGGAGGAGGUGUUGUCGGUUUGAUUGAUAAAAGAAAGAGUCUGCUUGUGCACUCUAAUCCUGCACAGUUGGUGCAAAGAACUAUCGAUUCAAGUGGGACACCUGGAAGUACCUGUCACUCAAGUUCCACAAAGGUCGGCAAAUCCAAAGGAGACCUCGAUGAUACUAUUCAUGGAGAUACUGCUUGCGAUUUUGUUGCACUUGCUUUUACGGAGGAUAUCAGGUUCUCCAAAAAUGAUACAUUGUCUGGUGGUCGCUUGAAAUGCGCUGUCGCAGCAUCAGGAAUCUUAAAGGCAGUCGGGCCACUUUACAAGGUUAUUUCAUCGAGGGUUUCCUCAACCCAUGAGAAUGUUCACACAAACAUCACUUGUGAGAGGGACGGGGAACUUAUGACUGCCGAAGACGUCGCAGAGGAAGUUGUCAAGCAGAAUCAUUUGCAAGAGUCGGGUGCACUGACUCAUAUCGGAGUUUUCCGACCACGCUCACGACAAAAUCGGCCACAUUUUUCGCUUCACGAAGUACUCAGCACUACUGAUCUAUUGACUAUCAGCGAAGCAGGCGUCAGAACGAGGGACUGUUUCCGCUUUUAUACUCCGUGUAUAGAAGUCGAUGUUGCCGUGGAGUCGAUGUCUAAAACCCUUUUAUCCAUGCUGUCGUCUGACAACGUCAAUGACAACACGAAGAUCAUAGCGAGAAAAGCAUACCCUUCAAUGAAGCAAAGACCAAGACGCAAAAUCAUUGGUGGACUCGUGUUUUCAGGAGAAUAUUUUUGGAACCAUGUGUUUUUUAACUACUGUGAAAUCGCCGAUUUUCAUGAUAUCUUUCCCGACAUACCUAUCUCAGGAGUUACCUGCGACUGCCAGUUUGGACCACCUGCAGUUCUCCCGGGUGGCACCGAUGUCGAGCGAGAAAGCACGCAGGGUAAUGUCAUGGGCAACUUUUUUAGCACAACCUUCUUCCUGUUUUGCACCGAUUGAGUGUUUGGAUUUGAUUUGAAUUUAAAUCGUCAUCAGUGAGGAGGGUGAAAAGAAGGCAGUAGUAGCAGAUUAUAUUAUAGUUAUUAGAUUUGGUAGCCGCUUAGCGUUUUAAUCUGAAGAGAAAUGGGAAACUCGAAGGGAAAGAAUUCAACUUUAGAGCAGUAGACAAAUGUAUUAUUUGCCACAUCGGCGAUUGUUCGAUUAUAUAUGUCCUUUUCAGUGGUCUUCUGCU